UUAAAUAUGAGAAUGUUGAUGUUUUUUAAUAAAUCAACCUUAAACUUUCCAAUUUGGUUAAUUUUUAACACCACAUGUCUUCUGAUUUAAAUGCAAAAUAUACAAUUUCACAAAGUUUCCAGAUUAAAUAAAUGUUCGAUCCUGCUCAUUUUGUAGAUUUGCCAACAUAAAAAGAAUUUGACUGUCAUCUUUAUAGGUGUUUUAUUUAAGAGAAACAGUGAGAAAUAGAAAACCAAAACUGAAAUCAAGACAUGUAUAUACAUUUAUUUUCAUGUAUAAAUUAAUUGUAAAAGUCCAGAAGUUUGCUUCCCUUCUUGUGUAAUCAGUGCGCGCGCGCGCCCUCACGCGGGGUCACCGUGACGUGAACCUUACAGAACCUCAUGCAUAAAGUUGUGGCCAAAUGGGCUGAAGUUUCCAUCUUGGUGCCUCCGCUGCUGCUCUGACCCCUCCAGGAUGCUCAUGUGGAGGAAUGCGCUUUGUUGUCGCGUCUCUAGGGUUACCGAGCCGAGCAGCAGCAGCUCCUCCGUCCGGUGAUAACGACACCCUCCAGGAGCUAACUUACUCCACCACAAAAUCCUAACUUUUUUCUAAGACGUUCUAAAAAAUAAACUUGGAAGUUUAACAUCAAUUUAAAAAAUGAGUUUGACAAACUCCCGCUGGGAAUCGAACUCGCGGUCAGACACCCGCUUCAGCACUUGGACUCCUCUCUGUGACAAACAGGGCAACCUUCAGCUGUUUGAGGAGCGAGUGAGUCUUGUGACACGCUGGUUUGACCUGUGGACUCGUGCACAAAGGGAGCACCUGCUGCGGUCUCUGCUCGCUCGCUGCAGCAAGUCUCAGCUCAGCUCCUGCAGGGAUUUGUUGAUGGAGAUGGUUCCGGCGUCCCGACUGGACUUCACAGCGGUUCUGCCUCGGUUUUUGUCCUUGUAUAUUAUGUCCUUUCUGUCCCCUCUGGACCUCUGCAGAGCGGCUCAGGUCAGCUGGUACUGGAGAACCCUGACAGAACAAGACUGUCUGUGGGUGGACCGCUGUGUCAGAAGAGGCUGGUUCCUCCCCUACACGCCUGCAGAAAAAGAGUUUGGAGCUUGGAAGAGCCACUACAUCUCCUGCGUGUCCACCCUGGACCUGCUCAUCUCACGGGAAACGCAGGAAAUCCGGAACACCCUCAUUCAGCAAAACGCCAGCGUGACAGAGGAAGAAGAGGAUCAGAGGAGGGAGAGGAAGACCAGGCUGCAAACCAGACGCAGAAUUCAGGAGGAGAAAAGAUGGACUAUGAGUACCAGGAGACUCUGGGGCAGCAACGUCAAGCUAGAAGGAGCCAGAGGUGGAGGAUCCCUGACAGUUCUUCCUCGCUCGGAGUCGCCCCUCAGCUCUAGACCCUCUUCAUCCCGGCCUCCAGGGGCAUCAGAGUCCAGCCUCAGUCUGGUCAGAGCACGAACCGUGACGGCAGGACUGAGCUCAGAGAGGAUCCCUGCCCCCUCUGUGUACAGACCUCCAUCUUCCAUCUCCACCUAUCAUCACAGCAGCUCUCCAGCUCUUCUACUGCUCAUCUCCAACAGAAUCCCUGCCUAUGAGCUGGUGCUGAGCGGUGUGAGAGCUGGGGUGACUGUGGUUCUCUACGACCACAGAGGGGCGCUCUCUGCUCUUUCAUCCCAGGUGGAGGGAGCCGUCUCGGGCCGGCAGGUUCAGAGGCUCGGCCUGCUGGUCCCGGGGGGAACAGAAGAAGUUCAUGUGCUCGAAAGAAGUUGCUUGACCGAGAAGAGCCUGCUUGACCCUGAUCACCGAGAAUUCUGGGAAAAGAUCUCUGGGUGGGUGGUGCCAGCCCAGGAGGGAGGCGGGAUUGACAUCUUCUGUCCUCUGGCGGCCUCUGCGGCGGGAAUCGCUCUUAUUGGCGUGCUGUCUUCACUAACUGGCUUGGAGGUCUCAUCACCUGUGGGUCUUGCUACAGGAAGUUUCCAGAACAUCCUCGGUGAGUGGUCACAUUCCGAUAUGCACGUGGGGUUCUCAGGAGAGCAUCCUCCGCUGCAGUACAUCAACGACGGCGUGCUGCACGGCUGGUGCAGACAGGCUGAGUGGUUGGAGGAGGCGCUACAGGAAAUGAGGAGCUCUUUGGAGACGUCCCUGCAGCGGCUGAGCCUGCAGGCUCGGGGUCGAGCUCUGGGUUAUUUUCUGUCAGAGGUGCUCUGUCUCCACGAUCUCUGUGUGUCUAAAGAGCUCAGUGUGGCUCUGACUCGAGGACUCACUGCUGUCACAAGGCAGAAUGAGACCAGACCAGUGGAGUUCCUGUCCAGUUUUCUGAAAAGAUGUAGCGAGGAGAAUGAAGGGGAGACUUCUGGAGGAGAAGAAAAAAACCACAGAGAAUCCCCCUCACCUGAGCUCCAGCUUCAACAGUCUGCGUUUGAUUGGAGAGCGGCAGCAGCAUCCGAGCUGCUCCACAGUGAGACUCUUUAUCUCGGGAGGCUGAGUGCUGUGCUGAAGGUAUACCAGGAGCCUCUGACCGCCGCGCUGAACUCCCACAAAGCCAUCCUCAGCCGCGCUGACAUCCAGAUCAUCUUCACUGCUGUUUCUCACCUUUUGCAGAUCAACAGAGUAUUUCAUGCAGAUUUACAGAGCAGGCUGCAGCAAUGGAGGGCUGAUCAGUGUGUUGGAGAUGUCUUCGUAAAGCUGGGCUUCAAAUUAAAAGUCUACACCAACUAUCUGAACAACUACACCACCAUUCUACAUACCAUUGAUAAGUGCAGAGAGGCGAAGCCGGCAUUUAGGGCUUUCCUGAAAACGACCGACAGAACUCUUGCUACACACAUGCUCAGUCUGCAGGAGCUGCUGCUCUGUCCGGUGUGGAGAAUCCAGGAGUACGUGACUCUUCUUCAGGUUCUGUCCUCUCACACAAUCCCCGAUCACCCGGACUCCGAACACCUCCACCGUGCCCUCAGCACAAUGCUGCACUUCAGACGGUUCAUUCAGCAGCUGAAGCAAAACUCCCAGACAGACGGGUUGAUGGAGGAAACGCAGCGAUUGAUCCAAGGAUGUCCAAAUCUCAGGGAAGAUAAUCGACACUUGAUAGGAUCUCAAGAUGCUGCCUUGCUCAGGGGCUCAGACGAUCAGAUUCCAGAGUCACUGAGGACCUUCGAGCACGUGUCCGACGUGGGCCUGUUCCUGUUCAGCGACGCCUUGGUGCUAACCCGGAAAAGCGUGCAGCACACGCCGUUCACGCCAUCUCAGCGCAGCACGCACACGUUCACGGCGUCUGUGGCUCUCAGCAGCCUGACCGUCAGAGAGAUUCUUCACACACGCUAUGUGCGGCAUGCUUUUAUUCUGGAGGGGCCGUGCCGCUUUUGGGUGUGCGCGAUAGAGCGAGGCGAAGAGAAAGAGCACUUCCUGUCUGUGCUGCGAUCAGCCGUAGAUUCGGCUCUGACUGGACAUCGAGGAUGACCCAAAGACGGUUUGAGAGGAAAAGAAUGUUAUUUUUUUUAUUUUUUUUUUAAUGCGAAAUAAAUAAAAUAAAAGACAAAAAUAAUAAUAAGGUUUA